ACUCAUAAGCGUUUAGGGGGUCAUGGUGAUUUUAUAGAUAACAAGUCCAAGUCUACGAGUGAAAUGUAUAAUUCUGUAAUAUCGCAAAAGUAUGAUGAGGAUUCAUCUUCUCAGCCAGAAUUCGAUCCGAAUGCUUGGACUGAAGCAAUAGGAGGGAUUGAGACUACACGCACUCACGUGUAUGGGUUUGGUACUCGAGUCCCUGCUACAGCUUUACUUACUGGAACACACAGCAAUGUAGCAACAUCUGAGUCUGCAUGUGGCCCUAUGCCCUCAAACGCUACCAGUCUCGCAAUUGCAUUGGAAGAGAAAGGAGAAAAUCUUUCAGAAAACUUGGGUAAGAUAUGUGAUGAAUUAUGUGGAGAAAUACGUAAAGAAAUUAAAAAUGCAAUGGCGGAAAGUAUGAGUGAAUUUAUGGUACGUAUGGAAAGCAUGAUAAUGACUAUUGCACUUUCAAAAUAAGAAAAUGCAAGACCUUCAAGCUAACAUCUGCACAAGUAAGAUCACAUUUCAUGAUAUGAUGUCAAUGUUUCACUGCUACACUGAGAUACUUUUUAGUAUAGUUGUUUAAUAACAAUUUUAGCUUUAUAAUCAUAUGUGUUUAACUUUUCUUAGAUAUUGUGUGU